UCAGAAUUGGGACUUUGCACCUUCUUCUCCGGCCUCUCUGACUCUACCUCUCUGUAAGAGAGAGACCUUUUCAAAGAGUUGUUAAAUUUAACGACUCUCUUCUUCUUCAUCUCCAUCAACCUCCCCAGAACCCAACUUCUCCCUAAUCAAUUCGACCGAUAAAUGCGGCUGAGUAGUAAGACUAGCUACAAGAAGGCCAUCAGUCUCUACCGAUUUCCUGGGAAAAUCUUCGGCUCGGUACGCUCCUAGGAAGAGCUGAGAAACUUAAGCUAAUAUAGUUAUAGCUAGCUAGAGAGAGUGAAAUCGCGGAAUAUGGAUGGGCACGGGUUCGAGAGGGCCCGGUCGUGGAGGCAGACGAGCCGAAACAUGAGCCGGAGCAUAAGCAGGAGCAUGAGUCGGAGCGGUUGGGGGAUGGAGGGCGCGUUCGCCAGCCAGAGGAACUCCACGCGAACCAGUCGGUACGAUGAGGACGAGGAAGCCCUCAAGUGGGCCGCCAUAGAGAAGCUGCCUACUUACGACAGGCUGAGGACGAGCAUUCUGCAGUCGUUCGUGGAGAAUCAAGAUACCAUUGAGAAGCAGAUCAACAAGGCAGUGGACGUCCGGAAACUGGACAUGAAUGACCGGCAGCAGUUCAUAGACCGGAUCUUCAAGGUGGCCGAGGAAGACAACGAGAGGUUCUUGAGGAAAUUCAGGAAUAGGAUCGACAAGGUAGGGAUUCAACUUCCGACGGUUGAAGUUAGGUUCGAACACUUGACAAUAGAAGCCGACUGCUAUGUAGGCAGCAGAGCGCUCCCAACGCUUUUGAACGCCGCCGAAAACAUCGCGGAGUCGGCUCUUGGUCUGGUUGGCAUCAGAUGGGCCAAGAGGACGAAACUCACCAUCCUCAAAGAUGUCUCUGGCAUCGUGAAACCCUCGAGAAUGGCCCUUCUGUUGGGCCCGCCAUCCUCAGGGAAGACAAGCCUUCUGUUGGCUCUAGCAGGGAAGUUGGAUCCGACUCUGAAUGUGCGAGGACAGGUGACCUACAAUGGACAUAAGUUCAACGAGUUUGUGCCACAGAAGACGUCGGCGUACAUCAGCCAGAACGAUGUUCAUGUCGGGGAAAUGACGGUGAAGGAGACCUUGGAUUUCUCAGCAAGAUGCCAAGGCGUUGGAACACGAUAUGAGCUUCUAACUGAGCUUGCAAGUAGGGAAAAAGAUGCUGGGAUCUUUCCAGAGCCUGAAGUUGAUCUUUUUAUGAAGGCAACAGCAAUGAAAGGAGUAGAGAGUAGUCUUAUCACUGACUACACAUUGAAAAUAUUAGGGCUCGACAUAUGUCGGGACACGAUUGUCGGGGAUGAGAUGCAACGUGGGAUAUCUGGUGGACAGAAAAAAAGAGUCACCACAGGAGAGAUGAUUGUUGGGCCGACCAAGACCGUGUUUAUGGAUGAGAUAUCGACCGGGCUGGACAGUUCCACAACAUUUCAAAUAGUGAAGUGCCUGCAGCAGGUCGCACAACUUACUGAUGCCACCAUCCUGAUGUCCCUUCUCCAGCCUGCUCCUGAGACAUUUGAUCUCUUCGAUGACAUCAUCCUUCUUUCCGAAGGCCAGAUUGUCUAUCAAGGUCCCCGCGAGCAUGUGGUCGAGUUUUUUGAGCGCUGUGGAUUCCAGUGCCCGGAGAGGAAGGGAACUGCAGAUUUCUUGCAAGAGGUCACGUCAAAAAAGGACCAGGAGCAGUACUGGGCGGACCGCACCAGGCCCUACAAAUACGUUCCAGUUUCCGAGUUUGCAGCCCGUUUCAAGCAGUUCCAUGUUGGCAUGAGGCUUGACAAUGAGCUAUCGAUACCAUUUGACAAGUCCCGGAGCCACCCUGCUGCCCUGGUCUUCACCAAGCACUCCGUCCCCACGCUCGAGCUCCUGAAGGCCUCCUUCGACAAGGAGUGGCUGCUGAUCAAGAAGAAUGCUUUUGUAUACAUCUUCAAGACUGUCCAGAUCAUCAUUGUGGCCGUCAUCGCAGCUACGGUGUUCAUCCGGAGCCACAUGCACUCUAGGGACGAAAGUGAUGGCAGGCUCUAUAUCGGGGCCCUGCUCUUCUCGAUGGUCAUAAACAUGUUCAAUGGAUUCGCGGAGCUGUCCAUGUCCAUAAUGAGGCUUCCUGUAUUCUACAAGCAGAGGGACCUCCUCUUCCACCCCCCAUGGAUGUACACCCUCCCAAACUUUGUGCUCAGGGUCCCGAUUUCAGUCUUGGAGACUGUCGUCUUUAUGAUCAUCACAUAUUACUCCAUCGGGUUCGCCCCCGAGGCCAGCAGGUUCUUCAAGCAGAUGUUGUUGGUAUUUUUGAUCCAACAAAUGGCAGCAGGGCUUUACAGAGUCAUUGCUGGAGUUUGCCGGACGGAGAUUAUUGCCAGCACUGGCGGUGCUCUCAUGCUCCUUCUCGUGUUCUUGCUCGGAGGUUUCAUCAUUCCUAAAAGUUCGAUCCCAAACUGGUGGGGGUGGGGGUACUGGGCAUCACCACUUUCAUAUGGAUUCAAUGCCUUCGCCGUCAACGAGAUGUUUGCUCCUCGCUGGAUGAAUAAAACGGCUUUCGACGGUGAGACAAAGGUAGGUGAAAAGGUGCUCCAGGAUUUCGAUGUGCCCCGAGACGAGAACUGGUACUGGAUUGGGGCAGCAGCGCUUUUCGGAUUCAUAAUCCUCUUCAACGUGCUCUUCACCUUCGCUCUUAUGUACCUGAACCCUUUUGGGAAACCACAAGCGAUAGUAUCAGAGGAAGCAGCAAAGGAGAAGGAGGGUGAGCAAGACGAAUCAUUCUCGGGAGGAUAUGGGACUAAGAGAGAUCCGAUGCCUAGACCACUCUCAGCUGCUGAUGGAAACAACACAAGAGAAAUGGAGCUCAGAAGGAUGAGCAGCCGAACGAAUCCCUAUGGUCUGAGUCGAAAUGCUGAUUCAACUCUUGAAACAGCAAAUGGUGUCGCUCCGAAGAGAGGAAUGGUUCUUCCCUUCACUCCAUUAGCAAUGUCCUUUGAUGAUGUUAAUUACUACGUGGACAUGCCCCCGGAGAUGAAGGAACAAGGGGUGAAUGAAGACAGGCUUCAACUGCUCCGGGAAGUCACAGGUGCCUUCCGUCCUGGAGUCCUGACGGCGCUGAUGGGGGUCAGUGGAGCCGGAAAGACGACCCUCAUGGAUGUCCUGGCUGGAAGAAAGACGGGAGGUUACAUUGAGGGCGAUGUCAGGAUAUCCGGAUUUCCCAAGAAGCAGGAGACCUUCGCUAGGAUCUCUGGAUACUGUGAGCAGAACGAUAUCCACUCGCCCCAAGUCACUGUGAGGGAGUCAUUGAUUUACUCGGCUUUCCUCCGGUUAUCCAAGGAAGUCAGCAAGGAAGAAAAGACGACUUUUGUGGACCAAGUGAUGGACCUCGUGGAGCUGGACAAUCUCAAGGAUGCCCUGGUCGGACUCCCCGGGGUCACAGGUCUAUCAACGGAGCAGAGAAAGAGGCUAACAAUAGCAGUGGAGCUGGUCGCGAAUCCUUCUAUCAUAUUUAUGGAUGAGCCGACAUCAGGACUGGAUGCGCGUGCUGCUGCCAUUGUCAUGAGGACCGUGAGGAACACAGUGGACACUGGAAGGACUGUCGUCUGCACGAUCCAUCAGCCUAGCAUUGAUAUCUUCGAAGCCUUCGAUGAGUUGCUACUGAUGAAGAGAGGAGGACAGUUGAUUUACUUUGGACCUCUGGGUACGAACUCUCAAAAGGUCAUCGAGUACUUUGAGGCCAUCCCCGGAGUUCUGAAGAUUAAAGAUAAGUAUAAUCCUGCAACGUGGAUGCUGGAAGUGAGCUCAGUAGCUGCGGAAGUCCGGCUUGGAAUGGACUUCGCCGAGUACUACAAGUCUUCAUCUUUGUACAAGAGAAACAAGGAUAUGGUUAACGAACUGAGCACGCCGCCUCCCGGAGCAAAGGAUCUGUACUUCCCGACGCAGUACUCUCAGUCAUCGUGGGGACAGUUCAAGUCCUGCCUCUGGAAGCAGUGGUGGACUUAUUGGAGGAGCCCGGACUAUAACCUCGUGAGAUAUUUCUUCACAUUGGCCACGGCGCUCAUGGUUGGCACGAUAUUUUGGAAGGUCGGCAACAGAAGGGAAAAUCCUGGUGAUCUCAUGAUGGUGAUCGGAGCUAUGUAUGCAGCAGUGCUGUUCGUUGGAAUCAACAACUGUUCCACUGUGCAGCCUGUGGUAGCUAUCGAGAGAACAGUAUUUUAUCGAGAGAGAGCCGCCGGAAUGUACUCUGCUUUACCAUAUGCACUUGCUCAGGUGAUUUGUGAGCUGCCAUACGUGUUUGUCCAAACGACAUACUACACGCUGAUAGUUUAUGCGAUGGUGAGCUUCGAAUGGGUGGCAAAGAAGUUCUUGUGGUUCUUCUUCAUCAGCUUCUUCUCCUUCCUCUACUUCACGUACUACGGCAUGAUGACCGUCUCCAUUACCCCGAACCAGCAGGUGGCCGCCAUCUUCGCCGCUGCCUUCUACGCCCUCUUCAACCUCUUCUCCGGCUUUUUCAUUCCCCGACCGAAAAUCCCGAAAUGGUGGAUAUGGUACUACUGGAUUUGCCCCGUGGCAUGGACAGUGUACGGACUAGUCGCUUCGCAAUACGGGGAUGUUACCCAGACCAUCCAAGUAACCGGCGCCACGCCCGACCAACUGCCUCUCAAUGACUACAUAAAGCAACAGUUUGGGUAUGAUGCAGAUUUCAUGGCCCCUGUCGCAACCGUCCUGGUAGGCUUCACGGUCUUCUUCGCGUUCAUGUUCGCCUACUGCAUCAAGGCUCUCAACUUCCAAAUGAGGUAGCCCCAUAUCGAAUCGAUUUCCACGGCGAUCAAUGCGCUCGAAUCUGUGUAAAUACACACGAUCAUCAUCGCUAAAUGCGCGAAGAGUUAUUAAAGAUACAAUAAGAGUACUAUCAUGGAGGGAAAUUAUAUACAAAAGUGUUGUGUUUGCAUUAUAUAGAACAUAGAUUAUUCAUUAUUGUAAAAACUAAAAAGUAAAGAGAGUAGCUUCAUCAGUAAGUAAUAUCGAGGAACAACUUCCAUCUUUUGUAAGGUUUAACGGCAAAGAUUUAUAUUUAUAAUAUUAUUAGCAAUUUCCAUU